GCCCCAAGGCGAGGUUGCAGACCCAGCUGCUGGCGCGACACCACGGCAGUGCACCGCCGACAGCGAGGAUGGGCCGCUCAGCUGAGUACGCCGUCUGCAAGUCGUGCGGCCAGUGGUGGUGGAACAAGCUGGAGAGCAUGGAGUACCGCUGCGGCUCCUGCCACAAGGUGCUGCCGAGGCCCAAGGACGCCAAGGCCACGCAGACAGAAGCGGCUCGCAAAGGCGGCAGCCCAGGUGGCGGGAAGGCGGGCGGCAAGGGCAAGGGCCCCGAGCAGCUGGCCCAGGCGCUGCAGCUGAUCACCGCCUCCCUCGGGCAGCUGCAGAUCGAGGGGAGCGCGACGAUCACCAAGCAGAUCGAGGUGGCGGCCACGGCUCUGCAGGCGGCGAAGCCAACAUCGCCGCCCAAGCCGAGGGCCGAGAGGCAGUACGCGCUGGCGUUCUCGGCGAAGCAGAAGUCCGAGGAGGCGGCGCACAAGGCAGGGGCGGAGUGCGACGCGACCCACCAUGAAGGCAAGCAAGGCCCCUUGGCAGGCAUCAUCGAGCAGCCCGUGACGGGACAGCUCGACGAGUUGACUGAAUGGCAGCUGGCAGCAGACAUCAGCAAGGAGUUCGCGCUGGCGGGCGACGACAUGGACGAAGAAGCUAAGCGACAGGUCGAGGAGGCCGAGGCCCAGGUCGCGAAGCAGAUGCAGGAAAACGCCGAGCAGUUCCAAGGCCACUUGCGGGAGCACCUCGCGAAGGCCAAGGAGGCGGCGCUGGAGAAGCGGAGGGCCAUCCAGCAGGAGGCCGAGAAGAGGAAGCUGGCAACGGGAGAGCCCACAGCCCCCAAGGCAGCAGCAGAGGCGGCGGCCCCCCCAGCGGCAGCGGCGGCAGCAGGAGGCAACGCCGCCGUCAGCGCCAGCGAGGCCGAGGCAUAUUUGGCCAGCAG